AUGAACGGUUGUGAUGGUGGAGAUGUGGCGGCAGCUUCGGCUGGUCCACCCCUGCCGCUCGAGUGGAAAUUCUCUCAGGUGUUCGGGGAACGCGCGGCUGGUGAAGAAGUACAAGAAGUUGAUAUUAUAUCUGCGAUUGAGUUUGAUAGAACUGGUGACCAUCUUGCUACUGGUGACCGUGGGGGAAGGGUGGUGUUAUUUGAAAGGACUGAUACAAAAGAGCAUGGUGGAAAUCGAAGAGAUUUAGAGAGGACAGACUAUGCAGUGAGUCGGCAUCCUGAGUUUCACUACAAAACCGAAUUUCAGAGCCAUGAACCUGAGUUUGAUUAUCUCAAGAGUUUGGAAAUUGAGGAGAAAAUCAAUAAGAUACGGUGGUGUAACGCAGCUAACGGUGCGCUCUUUCUUCUUUCCACUAAUGACAAAACCAUCAAGUUUUGGAAGGUCCAAGAGAAAAAAGUCAAGAAAAUUUCUGAAAUAAAUGUAGAGCCUUCCAAAUCUGCUGGAAACGGCAGUAUUGCCAGUUCAAGUUUUUCUCCCAGUCCUAAGCAGUAUCUUCCUAAUGGAGGAUGUCCAGAUCGAUCUUACAAUUCUUUGUGCAAUGACGCAUCAUAUCCACCUGGGGCCAUCCCACCCCUCAAAUUACCAGUGGUUACAAGCUUUGAGACCAGUCUUGUUGCGAGAUGUAGGAGAAUAUAUGCCCAUGCACAUGACUAUCACAUCAAUUCUAUUUCUAACAAUAGUGAUGGUGAAACAUUUAUAUCAGCUGAUGAUCUGCGAAUAAAUCUUUGGAACUUGGAAAUAAGCAAUCAAAGUUUCAACAUUGUAGACGUGAAGCCAGCAAAUAUGGAAGAUCUAACUGAGGUCAUAACAUCCGCAGAGUUUCAUCCUACUCAUUGUAACAUGUUAGCGUAUAGUAGUUCAAAAGGAUCAAUUCGUCUAGUUGAUUUGCGGCAAUCAGCCUUGGUAGAUUCACAUUCUAAACUAUUUGAGGAACUGGAGCCACCUGGUUCAAGAUCAUUUUUCACUGAGAUAAUAGCUUCAAUUUCAGAUAUUAAGUUUGCGAAGGAUGGGAGAUAUCUACUUAGUCGUGACUACAUGACCCUUAAGUUAUGGGACAUUAAUAUGGAUUCCGGACCUGUAGCUACCUUUCAGGUUCACGAGUAUUUAAAACCCAAGCUAUGUGACUUAUACGAGAAUGAUUCCAUAUUUGACAAAUUUGAGUGUUGCCUGAGUGGUGAUGGUCUAAGAGUAGCAACUGGUUCUUACAGCAAUCUAUUCCGGGUGUUUGGUCGUGCUGCUGGAAGUACUGAAGCAACCACACUAGAGGCAAGCAAAAAUCCUAUGAGACGACAAGUCCAGACACCUUCAAGGCCUUCAAGAUCCUUGAGCAGCAGCAUAACUCGUGUUGUCAGGCGAGGUGCAGAAAGUCCCGGAGUCGAUGCCAAUGGGAAUUCAUUUGAUUUCACAACAAAACUGCUCCACCUGGCAUGGCACCCAACCGGAAACUCAAUUGCCUGUGCUGCGGCGAACAGCUUGUACAUGUAUUACGCAUAA